GCCUUCCAGUGCUCAAUUCCAGUUUUCCAGCAGCGGCAGCGGCAGUAGCAGAUAUCAGUCGGCUUGUUGUUUGUUCAGUUAUAAAUCUGACGGCGACGGCUGCGGUGGCAGCAGCGGCGACUGCGCUCUUCAAAGCAAAGUAAAUGAAAGAAAAAAUAGCAACAAGUUUUCAAGUUGUGCUGUGAAAGUUCAAAAUCCUCCAAUAACAACAACAGCGCGUCCGCGUGUAUCUCACUCUGUUGGUGUUUUUGUGUCUCUCUGUUUGUGUGUGUGUGUGUGUGUGUGUGUAUGUGUUGGUGUGGCGUCUAAACGAAGUCUGAAAUUGAUUUUCAUGUAUUUCGUGAUAAUUUGGCGCCUUCGGCAGUUUGCCCCAAAUUGAAUCGCACUUGCCAGCAAUUUUGGAAUAAUAUUUAAUUGAAGAGCUAGACUCAUAAAACGCACACAUACAUACAAAUGUAUCUUUUGUGCAUGUGUAUGUUUGCUUCAGUUGUUUUUGUAAGUGCCACAUGAAUCAUAAAAAUACAAAAAAGAUGCAAAGUUAACCAAAAGUCAAUAAAAAUAAGCUAAAAAGAAGGCCAAGCAACAACUGAUUUUAACUGCCUUACCUGAAUAUCCUGCGGAUGAUGCCUAUAGACCCACACAUUAUGCCGGCUAUAUAAAUCGUGGCUAUGAUGAUUUAGAUAGUUCCUACCUCUUUGCACAAUACGAGGCCAUGACGGAAGCUAGAAAUGCAGCGGCCCUGCCGCCUUAUACUCUUGAUCCCGAUCAUAAUCAUGUGGACGCGAAUGAUGAUGAUGAUGAUGAUGAGAACCUCAAUGAUGAUGAAGUGUUCAAGGAUUGUGCUGAUGAUGCCACUCCCGAUGAUACUGAGACAAUGAAUCACAAUCGCUGCCUGCCCGAUUUUCAGUUCUCAAUGGUCGAUUCGGAAUACGAUGAGACGCUGGCGUUUCCCGAUUCCGUUACCAUAUUGUCCACAUUGGGCGAUAAACCUGUGCUGGUCGAGCGCAAAGAGACCGACGAUGAUGAUGAGGAUUACGAUGAUGAGAACAGCGUGCUGAUGCGUCAGGAGAUACCCUUUACCAGCAUCUAUGGGCCCAGUGUGAAGUUCAACUCGUUUCAGCGCAAGGUCUUCAUACCGGGACGUGAAAUCCACGUACGUAUUGUGGAUACGGAACGUAGCGUCACAACGCAUCUGCUCAAUCCGAAUUUGUAUACAAUUGAGCUUACACAUGGCACCUUCAAGUGGACGAUCAAGCGUCGCUAUAAGCAUUUUAAUUCCCUACACCAGCAGCUAAGUUUCUUUCGCACCUCGUUGAAUAUUCCCUUCCCGAGUCGAGCGCAUAAGGAGAAACGCACCACACUAAAAGCCGCAGCCAGUCAAAUGGCUGAUGAGUCCACCUUGAAGGAUCUACCCGCCCAUACCAAAGUCAAGCACUCGAGCACACCAACCAACAAUAAUAACAAUGGAUGUGCAACUGGCACUGUUGCCACCAUUAUGAGUCCUACACAUAGUUCGAUCUUGUCAAGCUUUACGCCCCGACGCAGUCAACGGAAGCGCAAGAAAAAGAAACGAAAACUUCCACGUUUUCCCAAUCGCCCGGAGAGUUUAAUCACGGUGGAACAUCUUCCUGUGCGCAUCCAGCAACUGGAGGAUUAUUUGUACAAUCUGCUCAAUAUCAGUUUAUAUCGAUAUCAUCAUGAAACGCUAAAUUUCGUGGAGGUUUCCAAUGUCUCCUUUGUGUCCGGUCUGGGUAUCAAGGGCAAGGAGGGUGUUAUACUCAAGCGAACGGGUUCGACGCGACCUGGACAGGCUGGUUGCAAUUUCUUUGGUUGCUUUCAACGCAAUUGCUGUGUGCGUUGCAAUUACUUUUGCUCGGAUGUGGUAUGUGGCACGUGGCGCAAUCGAUGGUUCUUUGUGAAGGAGACCUGCUUCGGCUAUGUGCGACCCACAGAUGGUAGCAUUCGUGCUGUGAUACUCUUUGACCAAGGCUUCGAUGUCUCCACGGGCAUCUAUCAGACGGGAAUGCGAAAGGGCCUGCAGGUCUUAACCAACAAUCGGCACAUUGUGCUCAAGUGUUGGACGCGUCGCAAGUGCAAGGAAUGGAUGCAGUACCUCAAGAAUACCGCCCACACCUAUGCCCGUGACUUUACCUGCCCCAAUCCGCACAUGUCCUAUGCCCCAAUGCGUGCCAACACUCAGGCCGUGUGGUACGUGGAUGGGGCACAGUAUAUGGCCGCCGUUGCAGACGGCUUAGAGGCAGCUACCGAGGAGAUCUACAUCGCUGAUUGGUGGCUAAGUCCCGAGAUCUAUAUGAAGAGACCAGCUCUGGAUGGCGACUACUGGCGGCUGGACAAGAUUCUUCUGCGCAAGGCAACACAGGGUGUUAAAGUUUUUGUCCUCCUCUACAAGGAAGUUGAAAUGGCCCUCGGCAUCAACAGCUACUACAGCAAAUCCACGCUGGCCAAGCAUGAGAAUAUCAAGGUCAUGCGGCAUCCGGAUCAUGCACGUGGUGGCAUUUUGCUGUGGGCACACCACGAGAAGAUUGUGGUUAUAGAUCAGGCUUAUGCAUUUAUUGGUGGAUUGGAUCUGUGCUAUGGUCGCUGGGAUGAUCGAUCGCAUCGUCUGACGGACCUGGGUAGCAUUUCCACGGCCUCCGUUUCGGGCAGUGCACGUUGCACGCCCAGUGGAUUCUUCAGCAAGGAUGAGGAGGACUCGGCCUUUGGUUCAAGGAAAUCCUCGCGGAAUGCACACCACGAAUCAUCGGCUAAGGAGCGAACUACGUCUCCCCCGCCAGUUAGGGAGGAGCCCACCAUGUCAGGAAUGGAAUUGCGGACUUUGAAACCCGGCGAUCGUCUGUUGAUUCCCGAGAUGCUUUCGGCUGCCUCCACUGAGCUGGAGAUGGAGCCUACACCACUCGAGGGCAUGAAACUGAAUACACCCGAAUUGGAGCGAAAGAAUAUGCUCGAUCGGUUGAAGAAUAAUGCCAUGAAAGGGGCACGAAUCGGCAAGGACUUUGUGCAACGUUUGACGACGAGUGAGGUGCAGGAUACGACAACAGACAAGUGCAAUGAGAUGGGGGAGAUUGAGGAGAAUGUUGCAGGAGAAAGUGCAAUAAAUGAGACUGACCGUGUUUACAGCAUUGCAACACAUGAGGCAACUGCGGAUGUGGCAAUGAGUUCCACAUCCGGAGCCAUGAAUGCCACAACGAGCACACAAAUACUCAGUAGCGAGUUCUAUGGACAGGCCAAAUAUUGGUUCGGCAAGGACUAUUCCAAUUUCAUACUCAAGGAUUGGAUGAAUCUGAAUGCCCCUUUUGUGGACAUUAUCGAUAGGACGACAACACCUCGCAUGCCGUGGCAUGAUGUCGGCAUUUGUGUGGUCGGUGCCUCCGCUCGGGAUGUCGCUCGACAUUUCAUACAGCGUUGGAAUGCCAUGAAAUUGGAGAAACUGAGAGAUAAUGUCCGCUUUCCGUAUCUGAUGCCCAAGAGCUAUCAUCAGAUCCGUUUGAAUGCCCACUUGCAACAGUUGCAACAACGUCGACAGCAAAGUGUCACCUGCCAGUUGCUACGCAGCGUCUCCGCCUGGAGUUGUGGCUUCAUCGAGGCCGAUCUUGUCGAGCAGAGCAUUCACGAUGCCUACAUCGAGACCAUUACCAAGGCCCAGCAUUAUAUCUACAUUGAGAAUCAGUUCUUUAUCACCAUGCAACUGGGCAUGGGCGUCCCGGGCAACAAUGUAAGGAAUCAGAUUGGGGAGACGCUCUUCAAACGCAUUGUGCGUGCUCAUAAAGAAAGGAAGCGAUUUCGUGUUUAUGUGAUAAUGCCUUUGUUGCCGGGCUUUGAGGGCGAUGUGGGUGGUAAUACGGGAAUUGCCGUAAGAGCCAUUACCCACUGGAACUAUGCCUCUAUAUCCAGGGGCCGCACAGCAAUACUGACACGCCUACUGGAGGCGGGCAUUUCAGAGCCAGAGAACUAUAUAUCAUUUCAUAGUCUGCGCAAUCAUUCGUAUCUGAAUAAUACGCCUAUUACCGAACUGAUCUAUGUACAUUCCAAGCUACUUAUUGCCGAUGAUCGUGUCGUUAUCUGCGGUUCGGCAAAUAUCAAUGAUCGCUCGAUGAUUGGUAAACGAGAUUCGGAAAUUGCGGCAAUUAUUAUGGAUGAGGAGUACGAAGAUGGACGAAUGAAUGGCAAAAAGUAUCCAAGUGGCAUAUUUGCUGGAAGAUUGCGAAAAUAUCUAUUCAAGGAGCAUUUGGGUUUACUGGAUUCAGAAAGUUCGACGCGCUCUGAUAUGAACAUAAGUGAUCCUGUCUGUGAUCAAUUUUGGCACAAUACCUGGCGUCGGAUUUCGACGAGAAACACGGAGAUAUACGAUGAGGUGUUUAAAUGUAUUCCCACGGAUUUUGUUAAGACAUUCGCCAGUCUGCGCAAAUAUCAGGAGGAACCUCCAUUAUCCAAAACCGAACCCGAAUUGGCCGCCAAGCGUGCCACGGAAAUUCAGGGACAUCUGGUAAAUCUACCGCUAGAAUUCCUCAACAAGGAAGUUCUUACGCCGCCCGGUACCAGCAAGGAAGGCCUCAUACCUACCUCUGUAUGGACAUAGUCUGCCAAAGUCUUUAAGACGCCCCUAUUCUAAGAAAAUCCACCAGAUUCAUAUAAUUUAUAGGAAUCUGGCUUUUAAGUAUAUAUAAUAUAAUUAUUUUUCCAGAAUGCAACCCACCAAAUGCGCUCUAACUUAUUUAAAGUUGCUGUUGCCAAGUCAAAAACAAUUUGUAUAUAUAUAAAUAUUAAUUUUUGAGUAAUAGGUAUACAUAUAUUUAAAAAGAGUAACUAUUUGCCCUACAGCUAGUUAAUUUAUUAUUUUACGGUAUAUCGACGUCCCCUAUAAAUGUUAAGAUUUAAUUGUUACUUUUUAUAAUGUUAAAGCAGUAUUCUAGACAAACUAAAGCGCAAUUCUUUUUUUAAUAAAAGUCAAAUAAAGUGAUUUAAAAUACGAAAA